AUGACUGAGUACGUCGUGACGCGUUGGUAUCGACCACCUGAAAUUAUGCUUGCACCUACUGGCGUCUAUAACGAAGCAGUGGAUAUGUGGUCCAUUGGCUGCAUUUUUGGUGAAUUGCUUAAUCGUCGACCGCUAUUUCCAGGAACGGAUUUUUUGGAUCAACUUUCACGAGUCUUUAGCGUCGUGCCCGUGCCUUCUCGUGAUCAACGUGGCUAUGAUGUUGAAGGUGAUGCGUUAGCAUAUCUAGAGAGUUUACCACCUUGCUCACCGUCAGCAUUUGCUAAAACUUUUCGAAAAGCAUCACCUGAUGCUAUUGACUUACUUAGACAACUGCUAUGCGUCAAUCCAGCACAACGGAUCUCGGCAAAGCAGGCACUGACCCAUUCAUACUUUAAGACUAUUCGGACACAACUGGGUGAACCUCCUGUUUAUCGUGUGGAUAAAACGUUUGACUUUGAGUUUGAUUCGCAUGAUUUUCCACUUGCUCACUUAAAAUCUUUGAUUCAAACCGAAGUGCAUUUAAUUCAAAAGUAUGGCUUAGCUUCACCACUUGCUGUGUCGGAAGAUGAAGCAACAUUCAAUGUCGGAGUUCAUGUGGUAAAAGGGAAUGAAAACAGUCAAGAGCAAGAAAUGGAUGAUUCUGUCAGGAAAGAAUCGGUGGAGAAGCUUGAAAAGACAGCGAGUUUUGGACCUGAAGACGAUGUCGAGAGUCGCGUGAUUGAAGUGAAAGAUUCUUCGAGUUCAGAGACACAAGGAGUGAAGACAGCGUCUAUUACUAGACAUCAGGAGGAGAUAGAAACGAAAAAAGCAAUGGUUGAAGUAGAAAAGCAGAAUGAAAAGCUAGAGAUGGACAAGUGUAUGACGUCGUCAAGUACCGACGUCAUGUACUCUCGUAGGUCUGUUGUUGAUAAAGCUGUCACGAGCUCGUUGAUCCGCCCGAAAAGUGCCUUAUCAUCUCGCAGUGCGAGCCGAUCUACAACAGCAAGAACAGUGAGUUCUGGUCUCGACCGCGAUAUCGAAGACGACGACGACGUCAGAUCUAUUGCAAGCAGUAUUAGCAAUAAUCGACAAUAUCAUAACAAUAACGGGCUAGAUGCUACUGAUUUAAAGGGUCGAUGGGGUCAUUUACGCUCAGGCGCCACGGCGUCCACUGCGUCGUCGUCGCGUCUUCAUCGUAUGAUUCCUCACCAUGGCACAUCGACGACAUAUAUUUCAUCCACUCGUGACCGUCUCGUGAAGACUGCACCACUAGCUACUUCUCGAAUCUCAAGAAAUAGCAAUAAUCAACAACAUGCACGAGGAAGUGAGUUGACUGAUCGCACAUCAAGCAAAACUGAAUCUGUGCGUCGACCAGAAGGUGUAAGCUCAACUUUGGCUGCUGCUACUGCUUCAUCGCUGCGUCGACAAUCUGGAGCAUCGAAAAGUACGCACACAACAUUAGCUGCACUACCUGAUGGCUGGAUACGUCGUAUUCAUUCGAAGAAUGGACGUGAAUAUUAUUAUGACACGAACAAUAAAGUAGCAUCAUGGAAAAUGCCAGUCAAAGUUUCUUUAGACAAUAUGUUUUGUGGGGCUUCAAAUCCUCCCUCGAUCUCAUCCGCUCGAGGUGCGCCCAGUUUAUCAGUUUCCACAUCUUCUUCACCGUCCAGUGCACAAACUCCAGAGUCAUUCACGAGUCGAAGUUCGUUACUAUCAAGUCGACGAUCAAAUGCGAGUUCAACUAGUAACUUACCAAAGGAAUGGGCACGUCGGUCGGAUCCAAAAACCGGUCGUUUGUUCUACGUCAAUCUGGUCACGAAUCGCUCAUAUGCCAAGUUGCCAUCUUCGGUUACAGCUGCAAUGUUAAAUCUUGGUCGUCAAAUAAUUACCAAUAGACGCGUCGCUGCUGAAGCUAUGCAUCGAAAGAAGCCGACGAUUGGUCACAGUCCACAAUUUACACAAAUGUCUUGGCAGCGAAAGCGGGUUCCUGCUACUGACGAGUAA